AUAGAGAAAACUCAAACAAUAUAAAUACCCUUCACCAUAGCUAGGGUUUGCUUAAGCUCCAAAAAUUUCAGAGCUUUCAUUUCUCCCCCAAACUCAGUUAUCUACAAAAAAAAUCUUUCCACAUCCUUAAUCUCCCCAAAUUCAUUUCAUCAAGAAUCUUGGUGAUCAAUACAACAAAUAGAUCCCUUCUUACAAACAAACAAAAAAAAAAAAAAAAAAAUCAAAUUAGGGUUUGCAAAGGGGGAAAAUAACUGAGAUGAAGAAGAGACAGAUAGUGAUCAGAAGAGAAGGUUCUAGAAGCUCGAGUAGCCCGGUGGUCCGGACAGUUCGAUACGGCGAAUGUCAGAGGAAUCAUGCAGCCACCAUCGGAGGGUACGCCGUUGACGGAUGCCGGGAGUUCAUGGCCGGAGGGCCUGAGGGAACCGCCAUGGCUUUCAGCUGCGCCGCCUGCGGCUGCCACCGGAGCUUCCACCGGAGAGAAGUUGAAAGUGAGGUUGUUUGUGACAAUUCAUUCUCACCAUCUUCUUGAAGGAAGAAUAUUUGGGAUUAUUGAUUGAUUGAUGAUUUGAGGUUAAGUUAUUAUGAUUAAAAAAUUGAAGUUUUUAAUUUGUUUGGAUGAGGAAAUUAAUUAGUAUUUUAGUGCAUAUGAAUUUAUAUAUAUAUGAUUUGAUGAUUGCAAAAUUUGUUGAGGAAGAAAAGUGUAUCUUUUUGUGUAAAUGAUCAUUGAGAAAUUUACCUAAUCAAAGGGAAAUUUUUUAAGCACUCUA